UAAAAGAGUGCCAGUUGCAGUUGCCUUUGCUUUGAUAGUGUCGUGGUCAGGGGGGCCAGCUGAAGCCGCCGAAGGGGCCAAUUUGGGGACGAACUAUCGCGUCUUUGUGCGCGCGAAGAGAAGGCAUCUGUUCUCGUGUUACAUCUGCUUGACGAACGAACGACCAUUUCCUUUAUUUUUGUUUUUAUUCACAAAUACGAAUUUUAUUAAUAAUUAUCGGGGAACAAUUAACAAUUAAAUAAAACGAUGCAAGGCGACGGGUAUAGUAUGGAGCCGUACGUGGACGGCUACAUGGAGCAAGAGGAGGAAUGGGAACGCGAAGGAUUAUUAGAUCCCGCUUGGGAGAAACAACAGAAAAAGACAUUCACGGCAUGGUGUAACAGUCACCUAAGGAAAGCCAGCACUGGCAUCGAUAACAUCGAAGAAGACUUUAGAAACGGCCUCAAACUGAUGCUGCUACUUGAAGUGAUUUCGGGAGAAACUCUGCCAAGACCUGACCGAGGCAAAAUGCGUUUCCACAAAAUCGCCAACGUCAACAAGGCCCUGGACUUUAUCGCCAGCAAAGGAGUGAAACUUGUGUCUAUUGGUGCAGAAGAAAUCGUAGAUGGAAAUCUCAAAAUGACCCUCGGUAUGAUCUGGACUAUAAUUCUACGGUUCGCCAUCCAGGACAUUUCCGUAGAAGAAAUGACAGCGAAAGAAGGUCUACUGUUGUGGUGUCAAAGGAAAACGGCCCCCUACAAAAACGUCAACGUACAAAAUUUCCAUCUCUCGUUCAAGGAUGGUUUGGCCUUCUGCGCUCUGAUCCACAGACAUCGCCCCGAUCUGAUCGACUACAGCAAACUAAGCAAAGAUAAUCCCCUAGAAAACUUGAACACUGCCUUCGAUGUAGCUGAAAAAUAUUUGGACAUUCCAAGGAUGUUAGAUCCUGACGAUUUAAUUAAUACCCCAAAGCCAGAUGAGCGUGCCAUUAUGACCUAUGUCUCAUGUUAUUACCACGCUUUCCAAGGGGCACAACAGGCUGAAACUGCUGCCAACAGAAUAUGCAAGGUACUUAAAGUUAAUCAAGAAAAUGAAAGACUCAUGGAGGAAUACGAACGUCUUGCCAGCGAUUUGCUAGAAUGGAUCAGACGUACCAUGCCCUGGUUAAACUCGAGACAAACCGACAACUCCUUAGCCGGAGUCCAAAAGAAGUUGGAAGAGUACCGCACCUAUAGGCGCAAACACAAACCACCCCGUGUCGAGCAAAAAGCCAAACUGGAAACCAACUUCAACACUUUGCAAACCAAGUUGAGAUUAUCCAAUCGACCGGCUUAUAUGCCUACUGAAGGAAAAAUGGUGUCUGACAUCUCGAACGCCUGGAAAGGUUUGGAAGGUGCCGAAAAAGCCUUCGAAGAAUGGCUUCUAGCCGAAAUGAUGCGCCUGGAACGUCUGGAACAUUUAGCCGAAAAGUUCAGACGCAAAGCCGACGCUCACGAAGAAUGGACCAGAGGCAAAGAGGAAAUGCUCCAGAGUCAAGAUUUCCGCAAUUGCAGGCUCAACGAACUCAAGGCUUUGAAAAAGAAACACGAAGCUUUCGAAAGCGAUCUUGCCGCUCAUCAGGAUCGUGUCGAACAAAUUGCUGCAAUUGCUCAAGAAUUAAAUACUUUGGAUUAUCACGAUAGUGUAAGCGUAAACGCACGUUGUCAACGUAUCUGUGACCAAUGGGAUCGUCUCGGUGCUUUAACCCAAAGAAGAAGACAAGCUCUGGACGAUGCCGAACGUAUAAUGGAGAAGAUCGACAUCCUCCACUUGGAAUUCGCCAAAAGAGCUGCACCGUUCAACAACUGGCUGGACGGUACCCGAGAAGACUUGGUGGACAUUUUCAUUGUGCACACUGUAGAAGAAAUUCAAGGGUUGAUCGAUGCUCAUUCACAUUUCAAGGCUACUUUAGGCGAAGCCGACAAGGAAUAUCAAAGUAUUGUCGGUUUGGUUAGAGAGGUUGAAAGUAUUGUUAAGCAACAUCAAGUGCCUGGAGGUUUGGAGAAUCCUUAUACUACUCUAACUGCUCAUGAUUUGACAAGAAAAUGGGGAGACGUGAGACAACUGGUACCUCAAAGGGAUGCCACAUUGCAAGGGGAACUACGAAAACAACAAAACAACGAAAUGCUCAGAAGACAAUUUGCUGAAAAAGCAAACGCCGUAGGACCAUGGAUCGAACGUCAAUUAGACGCAGUAACCGCCAUCGGAAUGGGACUUCACGGUACCCUGGAAGACCAACUGCACAGAUUGAAAGAGUACGAACAAGGCGUUUACGCCUACAAACCUCAUAUCGAAGAAUUGGAAAAGAUCCAUCAAGCUGUACAAGAGAGCAUGAUUUUCGAAAACAGAUAUACGCAAUACACUAUGGAAACGCUCCGAGUUGGAUGGGAACAGCUUUUGACCUCAAUCAACCGCAACAUUAACGAAGUAGAAAACCAAAUCCUUACAAGAGACUCAAAAGGAAUCACUCAAGAACAACUCAACGAAUUCAGAUCUUCCUUCAAUCACUUUGAUAAAAACAGAACAGGACGUCUCGCUCCUGAUGAACUCAAAUCUUGCCUAAUUUCUCUCGGAUAUUCUAUCGGUAAAGAUAGACAAGGAGAUAUCGAUUUCCAAAGAAUUUUGGCCAUUGUUGAUCCUAAUAGUACUGGUUACGUACACUUUGACGCAUUUUUGGACUUUAUGACUAGAGAAAGUACCGAUACUGAUACUGCUGAACAAGUUAUUGAUAGUUUCCGUAUUCUUGCAGCUGAUAAGCCCUACAUCCUUCCUGAUGAACUCAGAAGAGAACUUCCACCCGAUCAAGCUGAAUACUGUAUACAACGUAUGCCACCCUUCAAAGGACCUGGUGGAGUACCUGGUGCUUUAGAUUACAUGUCCUUCUCGACAGCUCUCUACGGAGAAUCCGAUUUGUAAAUAAACUCUUCCUAAGCUCCAGUGAUAUUUAUUUAUUUAUUUAUUUACUCCAGCUAUAGGAAUAUUACUAUACAAAUAAUCGUUUGCCUUUUGAUCCCCAAUUUAUUAUUUAUUUAUUUAUUUUUUAUAAUCGACGACCUACAAUCACACAAGGUCGAUAAAUGCUGUUUUUCUUGGAUGCAAAAACUGUGCCAAAAACAAAUCGAAAAAACUUUGUCACAAAUAUUUUAUUUGAGAUAAAUUAGUCAUUAGUUUAAAUGUGCCAUUGUAAUUACACAUCUUAUGCUUAGUCACAUAUCAUACUAGGCAACUAAUUUUAUGGAAUUCAAGUGGAAUGUAUAUUUGUAGUUGAUACAAAAUAAAACAAGGGAAAUGUUUAAGCUUUUUCCACCUGAAUUUUAUAAAGUAUUUUUAGACUAAGUAAAUGUGAAAAUUUUUUACUUAUAGCUUGUAACAUUUUUUUUUUUGUUCACUAUUAAUUAAAUAUAGGUUUAUUUUAUUUUAAAUAUUUAAGUAUAAAGUUUAACUAUACAUAUUUAUCGAUUCGUUGAAAUCUAUUAUUUUUUUUUUUAGUCGGUGGAGUGGACUAUAAUUAUAUUUGUAUUAUGUUUUGAUGAUGAUCUUUUUUUUUCUGUUAUAUUGUUUUUGAUAUUAUUUAGGUUUAUUUUUUAAAUGGAAAAAGUGCCACUAAAUCCGAACACAUAUUUUUGGUUUUAGUGGUUUUAUUAUAGGUUCUUUAGAGUUUUCCUUUUAUUUUUAUUGUAUCACAUAAAAUAAAAUAAUAUACAAAAUGGAUUAUGUUUUUCAUUUUCUUAUGAAUGGGUACCUGAUUAAGCAAAAAUAUGUAGUUUUAUAAUAUUU